CCCCGAUUACGCCACUGCCAGGGCUCCUGUUUAUUGGUUUAUCAUCUAGCCAGGGCUCCAGCCUGUUCGUUUAUAGAUUUUGGCGCGAUUCAGACCCCUCACUACGAUAUAGACACUCGACUCUGAAACAUGGGUAAGUGUAAAUUUAAUGAUAAAUGGCUCGAGAAGGACGAGUAUGACUGGUUAAGGUCGGUGCCUGGUAGCGCCUAUGAAGCUCGGUGCACUGUGUGUAAAAAAACCUUCAAACUUGGGACAAUGGGGAUCGGAGCGGUGGAAUCCCAUGUCCAGAGCCAGAAACACAAAGCUUACUCAAAAGCACGCCUGCAGCCUACAAUUACUAGCUUCUGCUCCACCGCUAGCAAUGAUGUAAUUGACAACGCUAGUGUUGCAACAGGAAAUCCACAGCCUGUUACAAGCAUGCCAUCUGACCGCGCAAUUUGUGGCUCUACGCCAACACUGCGAGCAGAGGUGAUUUGGGUGAUGAGGACCGUGACAAGCCACCAUUCCUGCAGGUCCAAUGACGGAAUUGAUGACUUGUUUAAAGCGAUGUUCCCAGAUUCUGCCCUUGUACAGUCUUUUACAUGCGGGAAAGACAAGACCAGAUACGUUGCCAAAUUUGGAUUGGCGCCGUAUAUAAAAAAAGAGCUCGUCAAUGAAGUUCAAAAAUGCGGUGCGUUUGUUGUCAUGUUCGAUGAGACACUGAACCAGACAACCAAAACCAAACAAAUGGACUUGCAUGUGCGUUAUUGGUUAAAUGACCAUGUCCAGUCUAGGUUCUACGGAUCACAGUUCAUGGGCCACGCAACUGCCAAGGACCUACUUCAGCAUUUCAAAGAGUGUGUGCAGCAGCUUGACCUGAGACAUUUGGUUUCUAUCUCAAUGGAUGGACCAAAUGUCAAUUGGAAGUUUUUCUCAAUGCUCCAACAGGAGCAUGCAGAUACAUUUGGAGGUGCCCAGCUGAUUGUGGUGGGGAGCUGUGGGCUUCACACACUCCACAAUGCCUUUAAAAGUGGCUUCAGUGUCUGGCAGAUGGAGAAAGUGCUCAGGGCAUUGCAUACACUCUUGCACAAUACCCCUGCUAGAAGAGAAGAUUUCUGCUCUUUGACCAAGUCAUCUGUGUUUCCCCUACCAUUCUGUGGGCAUCGCUGGAUCGAAAACCUACCCGUUGUCGACAGGGCUAUCACCAUAUGGCCAAUGAUGGUGAAGUAUGUGGAUGCAGUGACACAGAAAAAGCUUCCAAACCCUAGAACAUCCUCCUAUGACACCCUUGCAGAGGCACGGAAUGACCCUCUCAUAAUGGCCAAGCUGCACUUCUUUAUGGCUGUCUCUAGGACCUUCACCACAUUUCUGACUAAGUAUCAGACAGAUGAGCCGGUGAUUCCAUUCAUCGGUAAAGAUCUGGCUGUUCUCAUGAAGAGCCUACUGAAGAGGUUCAUCAAGGCAGAGAUCCUUAAUGACAUCACAGCACUGCAAAUGGUCAAACUGGACACAACUGCCAAGGAAGCAAGGGCUGGCCUAAAGGCUGUGGACAUUGGAUUAGGAGCAGAAGUAGUCCUAAAGGUGAUGUGAUUGUCCAACAAUUUGGAAAUUUCUUGUCUCUGGAGGCAAAACAUGAGUCAUUCUCCUCUUUCCAACCCAUGCGUACAAGACUGGACGUUUUCCUGCAUGGACUCCUCCAUCAAUCCUACCCUGAACUCUGGGCAUUCUGCAGGAAACUUCUGCUUCUCUCCCAUGGCCAAGCAACGGUUGAGAGGGGCUUUUCUGUAAACAAGGAGGUAGAGGCCGAUAACAUGAAGGAGGACACAGUGGUUGCUCAGAGGAUGAUCUGUGACUAUGUCUCUGUCUGUGGGGGGGUUCUCAAAGUACCUCUGACUAAGGAGCUUUUGGCAGCUGCAGCUUCAGCUAGGUCUCAGUAUCGGCUACACCUGGACCAGGAAAAGAGAAAGCAUGCGAGCAAUGCUCAAAGAGAAAAGAGAAAAGGUGCAGAAGACCACCUAGAGCAGCUCAAAACGAAGAAGAAGAUACUGAUUGAGGUAGCAAACAGCCUGGAAAAAGAUGCAGACAAGCUAGAAGAACAAGCUGAGGGUAAAUCAGGCACACUCAUGGCCCAGCUAAUCACCAAGUCAAACAUCCUCAGAAGAAGACACAAAGAAAAACUCACAGAACUCAAAGAGGUUGAGAAAGAGCUGGAAGAUAAAUCGGCAGAACUCAGGCAUAUGCCAUAAUGUCAAAUUAGGCAUUACCUCUUCCUUACCUUCUUUUUUCACUGUUUCAAGUGUUUAUGUUCAUUUGUGCACAUGUGCAUUGUUAUAAAUGGGUUAAGUACACUCUUUUGGGAAGGCUUUCUCAAGUGCCAGGUCAGUGUUUUGUUUAUUAUUAUUAUCUUUUGAUUUUGGUUGAUUCAAAGGAUGUCUGUCACACACACAUACACACACUCACACAAGUUAUGUUAAGUUAUAUUUUGCACUUCAAAAGCACUUGAAAUUGCCAUUUAUUUAUGUAGUUAUUGUAUUUAUUAUUUUGUUCGAAAGGAACAGUAUUUUUUAUUUAUUUACUUGAUUUUAUAAGCAUUUGUUUAUGGGACCUAAAUGCUCUGAAAAUAAUAAAUAUAAUU